GUGUCACAAACAGCUGGAAAAGACGAGUCGCUUCACAUUUUCAUACAUUUUUGGGACACAUUUGAUUCUUGAACGCGUCAGGAACACAUUUCCUGCAUAUUAUCGGUGUUUGUGGUACUUCCGGUGUGUUUGUGUAUGUUUUGUGUCCUCCGUGGCUCCGCCCAGACAUUCCUGUGUGUCUGACCGAGGAGAGAAAAGGAGCCAGAGGCAGCUCCAGCUCUGUCUGUGGACCUGAAGCGGAGAGGAGAUGAUCCAUAACAACAACAACAACAACAACAACAGACAACAUUCUUCCCUCUGACUCUCUCACCUGCUGGACGUGUUACCUCUUUUUCCUUCCCCUCGCUCAGGUUUGUCGGGAACUUUUCUUUCUUUUGGAGGACUUUGGGGCAGAGUUGGUGUUUCCAGUCCGACCACAGCGACAGAUCCCCGCUGAGCUCCACCAUGGAGAUCCUGGACUGCAGCGAACAGUUCCUGACCUGGGACCGGAACCUGAGCGAGCUGUCCGAGGCCGGAGAGAUCGACUCCGUGCUCUACACCAAUCACUUCUCGGAGCUCCUGGACGACCUUUCCCAGGAUGCUUUGCUGGGCCAGCUGCUCAGCGACCCCUUCCUGUCCGGGGGGAGAGGCGGGGUGGAGGCCAUGGAGGGGGAGGACGGGGGAGAGCUGUCCCCGUCCUCCCCUCUGCCUCCUCACAUCACGGCUGAGCACAGCUACUCUCUGUGUGGAGACAGCAGGCCUCAGUCUCCUCUGUCCCACCUGACUGGAGAGCAGGGCAGCGAGGCAGCAGAGUCUGAUGGAGAGUGGCCCAUGGAGCAGGAUGAAGCCAUGGACGGCCUCCUGUGUGAGACCCCCUCUCUCCUCCCCACUCUCUCCCUCUCUCUGGCCUCCAGCGAGGGGCCCAGGCCACCCAAGGGCCCCGCCGUGGCCCCGGCGGCCUCCCCAGCUCACACCCCAGUGGCCAGUAACCAGACCAAAGGCCUGAAGAUUAAAGAGGAGAACAUCAUCCCACAGAUCAAACUGGAGCCCCAUGAGGUGGACCAGUUCCUCAACCUGUCACCCAAAGGUCUGGAGGUUCUGCAGAUGCCUCCCACUCCUCCCAGUUCCCACGGCAGCGACUCAGAGGGCAGCCAGAGCCCCGUCCACGCUACCCCCGGUCUGUCCUGCCCCACCUCCCCCACCAGCCCUGCUCCAUCCCAGGCCGGCCUGAAGGUGUCGCCCCGAGCCGCCUCCUCGCUGUCCAACUCCCCUCUGCUCACCGCCCCGCAUAAGCUGCAGGGUUCAGGGCCGCUGAUGCUGACGGAGGAGGAGCGUCGGACGCUGGUGGCCGAAGGAUAUCCGGUUCCCACCAAACUGCCUCUCACCAAAGCCGAGGAGAAGGCGCUGAAGAAGAUCCGCAGGAAGAUUAAGAACAAGAUUUCAGCUCAAGAGAGUCGCAGGAAGAAGAAGGAGUACAUGGACGCUCUGGAGAAGAAGGUGGAGACCUGCUCCAAUGAAAACAACGAGCUACGCAGGAAAGUGGAGACGCUGGAGUGUACCAACAAGUCUCUGCUGCAGCAGCUGCAGUCUCUGCAGGCGGUGGUGGCAGGAAAAGUCCCCAAAUCCUGCAGGGUGGCUGGAACCCAGACAUCCUCAUGCUUAAUGGUGGUCGUGUUGUGUUUCGCUCUGUUUUUGGGGAGUUUUUAUCCCAGCAGUUUGACUCCGUGCUCCACUGUAACUGAAACAGGCCUCGCUUCCGAACAGACGGCGGUCAAAGAGUCCUACAUGACCACAGUUAAGUCCAGAAGUCUGCUAUCGACCUUCGAAGACGAGCAGCCGCAGCUCCUCGGUCUGGGCGGUGAAUAUCCCGACCAAUGGGAGGACACGCCGGCCGUCGUCAUGGCAGCGUGGCGUCGCUCAGAGCAGCAGAAAGUCGGGGUGGAGCCCAGCAGGGCGGAGACACACCCACCUUUCAGGAAUAAAAGCAACGAUACGCAGACGCUGCUGGACAUCCACAGGUCUCUGGAGCAGAGGGUGAUUGAGAACAGCAGUAAAGUGAUAGAGCUGGAGCGAAGGGUCAACGAGACCUCCUGAGAUUACUGCCAACACCCCCACCAUGGAUCAGUGUCCUGGAGCAAAACCUCGUAAAGUAGCUCCCACUGCUGAUUGUGUACGGCCGAGUUUUACGCCACCUCUGCUUAAUCAGAUACACUGUAAUGGUAGAAAUAAUAAUAAUCAUAAUAAUCAUAAUAAUAAUAUAACAAAUGGGCACUGGUGGCCCUAAUUUCUGAAGUAAAGUUGCACUGAAUAGUUUUCUGGAUGAGUCAACUUACCAGGUUUAGGUGUUGAAAAUUCACACUGAGCUAACUUCAAACGGAUUGAGUGAAUAAUGUAGCGCAGCGUUUAUUCCCGUGGAAAUGCUAUUAAAAUAUGACCCGAGGCUUUUUGCAGGACACUGAUGAGGACUUCUGUAUUUAUAGAGACCGUUUUUUUUUUGGUUGUUUUUCAAGAAUUAUUGCUCUUUGUAGCUAUUAAUAUUUUUAUUUCAUUCCAGUAAUGCAUACAUCCCUUUUUGAUACUUGUUUGUGUUCAUACUGUAUUUAGUGUUUUUAUUUUAUUGUACUCUCUUUUAUAUAUAUUGUUGGUUGUUUUCGCACGUCGAGGAGCUUAUCUCGAGGUUCCUGCGCUCAUUUGGAAAAUCUGACUGAAUAUUUUUAGAUGCCAAAGUGUUCAUAGCAGCUGCAAAAGAAUAAAAAAUUUUAUUUGGGUUUGAUGGAAAUAAUGCAGAAUUACUGGCAUCACAUUUUGCAUGUUUACCAGCUGCAUUAGCGCUCAUAUCCUCCAGUUUCAAGGUUAAUAUUGAAAUUGGAAAAUCUAAACCCAAAGUGGAGAAGUUCCUAUUUGGCAUGUGGGGACCCUGUUAGCCCGCUAGCUAGCUAGCUUCACAUCUGUGUGUUUGCUCUGUUUCACUGUGUGCAAGUCCAAAGUCAAUAUACGACACUGCAAAACUAUUACAUUCUGCGCUGUCUGAUGGGUUCUAUUGGUCUGUCUGAACACCAAAUAACAAGAUAUAGAUGAGAAGAGUUCUUCUACAUGUGUGCUAAACAUGAAGCUACAGCCAGCAGGUGGCUAGCCUAGCCUAGCAUAAUGAUGGAGGGAAGCAGCUGAUGUGUUUUUGUCCAAAACUAAAUAAAAAAGCAGCUGUAAAACUCCCUGUUUAACACAUUACGUACAUUAAUGUGUGAAUUUGUAGGCAUUAGAGGUGCUGGAGAUGAUUUUUUUAUUGCUAGUCAGAGUCAGGCUAGCUGUUAUUCCAGUUUUUAUGCGAAGCUAAACUAGCCGCUUGAUAUUUACAGUGCAGACAUUCUGUGCUGUCAGUCUACUCAUAGUAAAAUAUUUCCCAAAAUGUCGAAUACAGGCCUUUAAUCCAGUGAUCUUUGCCUUGCACACUUCAGCUGUUAGCAGUCUUCAUCUGUUAUUUUUCCAGCAUUUGCCAAAAAUAUGUAUUUUUUUCCCAUGAAUAGAAAAAAACCUAUCUAUUUUUGUAAAUGUGAGUUGUUUCUAAAUAAGAAAGUCUAAAUGUUUCUGGGAUCUGUAGUUUAUGAACCAAUCCAUAGUUCAUUCUGGCUCUAUUUUGAAUUCUGUGCUGUUGGUAAAUUAUAAACAUAAGAUGCCUUAAUAUUCUUGACUCUCUGUGGGGUUUAGUUUGUUCUUAACUGUCCACUUCGAGUGUAUCACAGAUGGAGUUUUAAAUGUCUGAGCUUUAUCGAAACAUGUUCUACAAGCAGUCAGCUGUUUGAUGAUACACAUACAAUUGUGGAAUUGUUUAGUUAUCAGCUGAAGGUGAAUAAAAUUGCCAACGACAACUGUUGACUAGACUAGAAAA